GGAAAUACCAUUCGUCAUCCUGAAUGUCAGGAAGGUGAGAGGAAGAUUCAUGACAAUGAAAUCUCUCUGCGAGGCUGCAAGAAAUGGUGAUAUCAACACAGGGAGGGGUCUGUUAGAGACUGGAGUGUUUGAUGUGAACCAGACAUAUUUUGGUCGUGCACCUCUUCAUUACGCUGCUGAUGGUGGUCACAGCGAUGUAGCAGCUCUACUCAUUCAGCACGGAGCUGAUCCCUGCAGUACAGACAGCGAUGGUGAUACACCUCUUCAUGCGGCUGCUCUGCAUGGUCACAGCGAUGUAGCAGCUCUACUCAUUCAGCACGGAGCUGAUCCCUGCAGUACAGACAUGUUUGGUCGUACACCUCUUCAUGUGGCUGCUAUGCAUGGUUACAAGGAUGUAGCAGCUCUACUCAUUCAGCACGGGGCUGAUCCCUGCAGUACAGACAGCUUUGGUCGUACACCUCUUCGUGUGGCUGCUAAACAUGGUCACAAGGAUGUAGCAGCUCUACUCAUUCAGCACGGGGCUGAUCCCUGCAGUACAGACAGCGAUUGUGGGACACCUCUUCAUUCGGCUGCUCUGCAUGGUCACAGCGAUAUAGCAGCUCUACUCAUUCAGCACGGAGCUGAUCCCUUCAGUACAGACAAGUAUGGUCGUACACCUGUUCGUUACGCUGCUACGCAUGGUCACAGCGAUGUAGCAGCUGUACUCAUUCAGCACGGAGCUGAUCCCUGCAGUACAGACAGCGAUGGUUGUACACCUCUUCAUGAGGCUGCAUUUAAAGGUUACAGCGAUGUAGCAGCUGUACUCAUUCAGCACGGAGCUGAUCCCUGCAGUACAGACAAGGUAUGUAUAUGUAUUUGA